AGUCACUGUGAAGUCAUAAUAAUCAUUACUCAAAUACUCAAUAGUGAAAACAGUGUAAACUGUAAAGUGCAAACCAAACAGCUAGGACAGUAUACUGCAUACUAAAAGAAAACUUGGAAAGUAAAAAUUGAAAAUGUCGGUCAGCCAAGUUCACCAACCCAAUAUUGAUACGAAGAAAAGUGAUAAAAAUUUAAAGCUUUUGUUUCCAAAGCAAGCUGAAUGUUCUUAUGUGUCGUGUUAUUGUGAAGAAAAUGUCUGGAAGCUCUGUCAGGAUGUAUCUUUAAGAGUUCCGGAAGAAUUGGAUCGAUGUUUUGUGGUAUUCAUAUCGAAUCCCUGUCGCACUGUGCCUUUAUGGAAACAAAGGGCUGGGCGCGAAGAAGAUCGCCUCGUCAUUUGGGACUACCAUGUCAUAUUCUUAUACUCAAUUGACUUGAAGUCAUGUUUGGUUUAUGACUUAGAUUCUGAGCUUCCAUUCCCAACAUUCUUCCAUAAAUAUGUUACAGAAACAUUUCGUACAGAUCAAGUUCUGAAAUCUGAUUUCCACAGGUUCUUUAGAGUUGUGCCAGGUAAAUAUUUCUUACAGCAUUUUUCAUCGGAUCGACGUCAUAUGAAAAGACCUGAUGGUUCCUGGAUUAAACCACCACCACCAUAUUCUGCUAUAUCUACAUCAGCAUCUUCUCACAACUUAGACGAGUACAUCAACAUGGAUGCAGAUAUUGGCCCAGGGCAAGUUUUUAAUCUUACUGAAUUUGUGCAAAGAUUCUAUAAGAUAGAAAAGUGAGGAUAUAUUUAGAAAACGGUAAUUAUGUUGACUUAUUCAAGAUUUAAUUGGUUUUGCAUUAUUAUGAUACUUUUGUUUGAAGUUAUCAAAUUGAACUAAUAUUUAAGCGUUGUAUUUAUACUUAUACUGUAGAAUUUUUUACCAAGUACAUUUAUUCUCAGUUUUCAUCAAAUAGGCUUUUUUAGACUUUACCUCUUAUGAUAAAGAUGUUAUAAUAAAACUAAGAGUUUUCAAAAUAUAUUAAUGGCAGCACUAAAUAACACAGUAUGAGGUUUUGUGCACAGACACUGUUAAUUCUAAAUUAUACAGGUGUCUUGAUAUAAUAAUAAAACAGUAAAAUAGGAUUUGUGUAGCUUUUGCAAAACGUAUUUUCAAUGGCAUUCACAUGGCCUCUAAAUCUGUUGGAUCAACUAGAGAGGGAAUUUUUUAACAAUGUAUAUUAUAAAAUGGUUUUAGCAUUUGAAAUGGAGAAAAGCUUGACAAUAUUGAAACAUUUAUUUGUAGGCCUAGCUUGAUUCCUAAAGCAAUUGGUGUACAAUAUAAAUGUCAAAUACUCUUUAUUAUUAUUAAUAAAAAAUGUUUAUAUGGUUCAUUAAAAACAUUUUACAAAGCAACAUUUAAUAACUAUAAAUUUUUAAACUGUAAGUUCCUGCCUGUUUGCCCCGUUCUAUAAAAAAAAAUACUAUUUUCGGGAACUGACAUGAUAUAAAAUUAUGCUUUUAAUGGUUGACCUAAAACACCAUUUUGCCCAUUCCUCAGCAUUUAAUAUUAAUAUUACAUGCCAGACGAACAAAAAACUCCUUGAAAGUUCUAUGUAAAAUAUAUUGCAGCCUACAUAUUUCGUGUCGUCGGUAAUUUUCGAUACUUAUCACAUUGCGUGUGAAUAAUAUGUAAGCUAGCAGUUGCGAUUAACUGUAAUUAAAUUAACGCUUUAAACUUAAAAUGUUGAUACCUACAUUUCUGUAUUGAUCGCCCCAUUUUUUUACUAGGUACUGUCGUACUUAAAUUCACAUUGACGGCUAAUGUGUGUUAUAAGAGUUUAUUUAUUUGAAAUGAUAUUAAAAUAUUGUCUUCUAAGAAAAAUAAAUAAGUCAUUAGUGGUGUAUAAGACGAGCGCGUAGCUUUUGUAUGUUGUUAAAAUUUGCUCUACAAGUGUGCGAUUUUCAUAAGGUUUAUUAUUAUGUCAAAUUGAAAUAUCAAGGCCUCCAAAAGGCGAAUUACAAAUUGUGUAACAAUCUAUUCCAAAUAAUAGCAUUUACCUUAAAGAGUAUAUAAUAAUAUUCCUACAUAAGCUUUCUGAGGUUGCAUGCUUGUAGUUCAUACUGACUUACUUAUUAAGUCUAUUUAAUAAUUUUGUAUCAACUUUUAUACACUCUUUUUAUCCUUCCCUAGCACCCUUAGCGUUAUUAUAUAGUAAUGUUUAAUAUACAAAGAUUAAUGCAUUUAAUUUGUUAUAUAAUUAUUCUUAUCUUGAGCUUAUAACUGGAUAUAUUUUACUAUAAAGUUGAAUUACAAGAUAUUUCAUAAUCAGCCAAAAAUAACCUUUAAUGUACAAAUUUAUUUAGAUUUUAUCCAGAUAAUCUAGGUUAACUAGGUUUUUAAUAAAGGAAUGUUUUUUGAAUGAUUGCCAAGUAUUAUAUAAAAAACUAUAUCUUUCACAUAUUUUAUAAACUUAACACUUAUCAUAUAAUAUAAUACACCUACAGCCAAGUUAACAUCAUGAAUUUUUAUGACUUAAUAGUUAAUAUAAAUUAGUUAUUGUAAACAUUUUCAUAAUAUUACUGAGUUAAUAAAUUUUAUUAAUUGUUGUUUAAAAAAUUCUAGUCAAUAUAUUAGUCAAUCUUAUAUUAAACUUAAUGUUUUAAAAAUGUGUUAAACUUUUGUUAAAUGCUCACUUUAAAUAUUUAUGUAUAAGUAAUUUUUAUAAUAGCUCUAACUUAUGAUAAUCAAUUUUACUAUUUCUAAUUAUAAUCUUAUAUGAUAACACAUGUAAAAUAAGUGUUAUGAUGUCAUGGAGAUUUACUCUCAUACAUUGCUAGCUCAUGUUUAAUAUGCGUUAUUGUACUAAGAACCAUAAAUCUCUUUAUCUUAGUAGAAAAGUUGUUUAAUCAGGCGUAGCUAGAUUAAAUAUGGGACCAAUGUAACAAGAAUGUAUGAACACCAUAUGAAGAUUGCAAAAGGGGCUGUGGUUUCCCACUGGUUACGCCUUUAUCUAUA